GGCCAUCGUCAUGGAGACUAUGGAGCUACUGGAGGUGUAAUACCAGGUCUACCCACCAACAUGCAGAGAGCAGAGGCGUCCAGCAGUACAAGGUGGCGGUCGUCCGCGGCGGACACCAUACGUCAGCUGGAGCAAAUCUGGCCCACCCUGACGUGGCCAGCCAAGCGCCUGCCCGUUCUGGACGUGGGGUGCGGACCCGAAGACAUCGUGGCCAAGUUCUUGGCGCCGCGGGUCCCUGAAGGCACGAAGAUAAUCGCUUGUGAUGCGUGUCCGGAAAAGUUGGAACACGCUAAAGGGCGCAACUCUGUGCCCGACGUGAUCAUACACGAUUUGUUUGACGUGACGGGGAAGGACUUGCAGAACACUUCUGUCUGGAAGCAAGGGCCCUACUGCAAAGUGUUCAGCCUGAUGCAGCAGCUGUGGUUGCCAGAGAACAGACGAGCCAUACAGAAUAUCCACAAGCUGUUGGCACCAGGCGGUGAGGCCAUCUUCACUGUGGUACCAAAGUUUUCCCUAUGGGGUGGGUUUGAAGACACGAUAGACGAUCCAGAAUGGAGGCAGCACAUGAAGGACGUGCAGAGAACAUUGUCCCCGUAUGGCGACUAUGAAGAUCCCGUCAGUGAGCUGAAGAAACUGCUGAUUACGGAAGGUUUCCAGAUUUCGCACUGCGCGCCUGGAGCCAUGGAAGUCGAUUUCAGAUCUCGAAAGGAGGUCAGAGAAUUACUCAUCUCCCUGAACGCGUUACUGAACAGCAUAUUAGAAGACUUGGCCAACAACACGUUUAAUUGCACGUGUGAACUGAAUGGAACAGGAGAGGAACAGGAUGGUUAUUCUGGAGAGUCUACAACAAUUUUACCUUGUUCGUGUAUGAUAGUAGUGGGCAAGAAGUUGUAGGAAAACAGUCUCGCCAUUGAUUUGCAUGGUCGCGCAU